UGAUUAUUAACAAGACAGAGAGAGAGACAGAGAGGGUGAGAGUGAGUGAGUGAGAGAGAGAGAGAGGGGAGAGGAAGAGCAAGUAGGUGGAAGGGAAGAAGGAAACGGAGAAGUCAGCCAUGGCGGCCACCGUGUCGUCGUUAUUCAUAUACCCAAUAAAGUCAUGUCGUGGAAUCUCUGCCCCUGCAGCUCCUCUCACUCCCACUGGAUUGCGAUGGGACAGGCAGUGGCUAGUUGUGAAUUCAAAAGGGAGAGCCUACACCCAAAGAGUCGAACCGAAGCUUGCUUUGGUGGUUCCGGAGCUUCCUAAUGAUGCUUUCUCGGAAGAUUGGGUGCCCUCUGCUAAUUCCUACUUAGUUCUGACAGCGCCGGGAAUGAGUCCACUGAAGGUCUCUUUGAGCCAGCCUGGUCAGAUAACUGAAGGCGUCUCGGUGUGGGAAUGGAGUGGCUCAGCUCUGGAUGAAGGAGAAGAAGCUGCAAAGUGGUUCUCAGAUUAUCUCGGGAAACCCAGUAGGCUAGUACGCUUCAACGACGACUCACAGACGAGGCCUGUCGAUGCAAAGUAUGCUCCAGGGCACAAAGUUAUGUUUUCCGACGAAUAUCCAUUUCUGCUGAUAUCUCAGGGAUCAUUGGACGCACUUAAUGAACUUCUCAAGGAGCCAGUACCCAUAAAUCGUUUCAGACCAAACAUCCUUGUUAAUGGGUGUAAGCCGUUCUCGGAGGACCUGUGGACCGAGAUCAAAAUAAACAAGUUCACAUUUUCGGGUGUCAAGCUAUGUGCUCGUUGUAAGUUGCCAACGAUCAAUCAAGAGACAGGUAUAGCCGGGUCUGAGCCAACUGAAACCCUGAAGACAUUCCGCUCAGAUAAGGCCCUGCGUCCAACUGGAAAACAGCAGGGACAGACUUAUUUCGGGCAGAACUUGGUAUUGAAAGAGAGUCUUGCAGGAGUAAAGGGCAAGAUCAUCAAAGUUGGAGAUCCUGUGAAUGUCCUAAAGAUGGUCUCCUCACCUGCUGAAGCAGCAGUAUGAAAUUAUAAUCAACUCUUGAUUGUAUCAAUAAAGCUACCUUAUUUAUUGUAUGGACCGGUAUAAGAAGGUUAUAUAGCUCAUGUCUAUCUAGUGUUAGUGAUAACUAAUAAAUGUGGCCCUGCUGCCAUAUAUGCACGAGCUUAUUGUCGAUUUAAAUACAUCAUCGAACAUGUGCCCGUAAUAACUACAGCCAUCAGUAAUUUUUUU